GGACUGGAAAAACGUUCCGCCAUUGAUGACGGAACUUUUACUGGGAGCUUCCCGGAAAUUCAAGAAUUGUAGGACGGACCUCCGACAACACACGAUUACAGUCCACCAGCGACAUAAUACACCUACCUACGCAUACCUGUGCAUGGCUCUCUCGCCAUAGAAAGCACACUGCGAAAUCCGCACAUCCGCCAGCCCACAUCCCUUCAUGAGCUUCGCCGGGCACCUCAACCUGUAACCACACUCCGCGACUCACCCAUCCACGAAGCCGGCCAACCCGAGGUCAACUCACCACAAUCCUCCCAAUGGCAUCCGUCAUCUCCACCAUCCGCGGCCUCACCAGCGCCUCCUCCCCCGUAACCACAGCACCACUCCGCACCUUCUUCUCCGCGCAACCCCUCGGCCUCCGAACCGCCGGGCGCCGGCCUAUAAGCACAUUCUACUUCUCCGCCAACAGCGGCGCGCGCACCGCUCUCCGCCCUACAAACCCCUUUUCAAAACUACGUUUCCAGCCUCUCCGCUCCCGAUUCUUCCACUCCUCGCGCCCCCGCCGCACCGGCGGUGCCGCCGAAGCCGACGCCGCGAAUGCCGCGAAGGAGGGCCUGAAAGCGCCGCUCACACUGGGUCAGCGCAUGAAGAAGCUGUCCCGCGAGUACGGCUGGUCUGCGCUGGGCGUGUAUCUCGCGCUCACGGCGCUGGAUUUCCCACUAUGCUAUCUGCUCGUACAGUGGCUUGGCACGGACCGCGUGGGGCGCUGGGAGCACGCUGUCGUGUCGCGGGUUGCGCCGCUGAUUCCGGCGGUGGUGAAGGAGCGGUGGUAUGCGUUUAAGGCGUGGAUGCAUAGUGCUGAGGAGACGAUAACGGGGAACGAUGAUGUGAGUGAUGCGGUUGAUAUGGCGGGGUGGGGGGUGGAGGAGGCGCAGAGGGAGAACAAGAAGGAGGCUAGUUUGGGGACGCAAUUGGCGCUCGCGUAUGCGAUUCAUAAGAGUUUUAUCUUUUUGAGGGUCCCGGCGACGGUGGCGUUGACGCCGAAGGUGGUCAAGGUGUUGAGGGGGUGGGGGUGGAAUAUUGGGAAGAGGUCGACGAAGGCGGAGAAGGCGGCGAGGAAGGCGACGAAGGAGGCGAAGGGGGUGAAGGAUGUGAAGGUGGUGAAGGAGUAGGGGGGUGGAGGUGUAUGUUAUGAUUAUUUUGGGCGCUUGGUGGGGUUUUUAGAUGGGAGAAGGGGAUGUAUAGACUUGAUGAGUCGAUAUGUAGUUAAACCACAGACAUUCCCCAGACGAAGUCACGCUUAUUGAUGCCCCUCGCUAUAGACAAAGUUAUUCAGCCCUUCAUGGGUUUUAAGUCGGAAGCUUUUGCCCAGCUCCUACGAAUAGGGGUCACACUGGCCGCGCAUAUCACGUCCAUAUAGAAGGAAGCU